GUUUUGGCAGGGUCAUUGAUAAUUGAACCCAGAUAUUCCUGAAAGAAAUUAGACUCACGUUAGUUCAAUGUUAGUUUUUCUUGUUCGAUUAAACUUCUAAAAAAUGAACGUUACAUAAGUUGAUAAAUUGCGCAAUACUGAUAUUCCAUUGGUCACAAACAUUUGAAUAUUGCCGAUUCACUCAUUACCUGAAGAUCUGUGUAUGUAUAUGGGUAACAAUGAGCUAAGUACACAGUGUCCUGGUCGUGCGGGAAAGACAGAUUAAAUGUCAACUAGGUGAUGUUGUCGCCGCACCUUCUCCAUCCGACAGCGUGCAACGAUGCAUCUUUGUGCUGAACGUAUAAAAUUUAUCAAAGGGACUAAUACUUGGAAUAUGGGGCGAACUGUGACAGUAGCAGCUUGCACGCUGAACCAAUGGGCAAUGGACUUUGAUGGGAACCUAAGAAGGAUAUUUCAAAGUAUACAGCAAGCCAAGGAGAUGGGAGCAACUUAUAGAAGCGGUCCAGAGCUUGAAAUAUGUGGUUAUAGUUGCGAGGAUCACUUUUAUGAAUCAGACACGCUGUUGCAUAGCUGGGAAGUAUUAGCCGAGCUUCUAAAAUCACCAAUAUGCGAGGAUAUAUUGAUCGAUGUUGGGAUGCCUGUUAUGCACAAGAAUGUGAAUUAUAAUUGCAGAGUAGCUUUCAUAAAUAAAAAGAUCUUACUGAUUAGACCAAAAAUGAGAAUGUGCGAAGAUGGGAAUUACAGAGAAUCAAGAUGGUUUUCUGCUUGGACUAAGGAGCGUAUGGUUGAGGAUUAUUUUUUACCUAGAAUGAUAUCAGCUAUAACUGACCAAUCGAUAGUACCUUUUGGUGACGCUAUCAUUUCGACCAAGGAUACAUGCAUAGGUUUUGAGAUAUGCGAAGAAUUGUGGAAUCCGAGCAGCAAUCAUAUACCGAUGAGUCUGGAUGGCGUUGAAAUAAUUGCUAAUGGAAGUGGGUCACAUUUUGAACUACGGAAGGCUUACGUUACCGUCGAUCUAGUGAAAGCAGCUACCUUCAAGGCUGGCGGGUGCUACAUAUUCAGUAACUUGCGCGGAUGUGACGGUGCUCGGAUUUAUUUCAACGGUGGUUCGAGUAUUACUUUGAAUGGUAAAAUAUUGAAUCGUGGAAAAGAGUUUGCCCUCCAGGAUGUUGAAGUAACGGUAGCGACGCUUGAUUUGGAAGAUAUAAGGUCUUAUCGAAACAAUAUCAGGUCUCGAACACACUUAGCUGCGAGAGCUCAACCUUACCCUCGGGUUAAGGUUGACUAUGCAUUAACAUCUGACGGUGUAAUUUCAAACCGUCCAACUAUUCCAAUUAGUUGUGAUUAUUAUUCAAUGGAGGAAAAUGAGUCGUCGAGGUGGAGGUAUCACACCCCAGAAGAAGAAAUCUCUCUGGCUCCGGCUUGCUGGUUGUGGGAUUAUUUGAGGCGAUCUUGUCAGGGAGGUUUUUUCUUACCUCUCAGUGGCGGUGUAGAUUCAACCGCUGUUGCGUGUUUGGUUUAUUCGAUGUGCGACAUGAUCGUCAGCUCUGUCAGCAAAGGCGAUUCCCAAGUUCUUUCGGAUAUAAGAAAAAUCGUGGGUGAUGGUGAAUACGUUCCCACUGAUCCGAAGCAGUUAUGUAACGUUAUUCUGUUCACUUGCUACAUGGCUACAGAAAAUUCUUCAAUUGAAACAAAGACGCGAGCCGCUGAACUGGCCAGUCAAAUCGGCGCGUAUCAUCACGGUAUUGUUAUCGAUACAGCAGUCUCUGCAGUUCUUGGUAUAUUUCAACAAGUUACCAAAUUGACGCCAAGAUUUAAAGUGCACGGCGGCUCGCCAAGGGAAAGCUUGGCACUCCAAAAUAUUCAGGCUCGCUUACGAAUGGUUAUUGCCUAUCUGUUUGCGCAACUGAUGUUAUGGGUUAGAGGGAGACCCGGUGGGCUUUUGGUAUUGGGAAGUGGUAAUGUAGACGAGGCUUUGAGGGGCUACUUUACUAAAUAUGACUGCAGUAGUGCGGACGUCAAUCCAAUUGGAGGGGUAACAAAGACUGAUCUGAAGAAGUUUCUCAUCUACUUUAGAAAGAAACAUAACAUGCACACCCUGGACGCAAUAUUGGAUGCUCCACCUACGGCCGAAUUGGAGCCUUUACAACACGGUCAGUUGGCUCAAUUGGACGAAAUCGAUAUGGGAAUGACGUACAAAGAGCUCGGGGCUUUCGGAAAAUUGAGAAAGCAAAAUUGUGCAGGUCCAUUUUCUAUGUUCUGCAAAUUGUUACAUAUGUGGGAGGAUUGUACUCCUAAAGAGAUUGCCGAUAAAGUGAAACAUUUUUAUCGCUGUUACGCGAUAAAUCGGCACAAGAUGACCGUCCUUACGCCAUCAUGCCACGCCGAAACGUAUAGUCCCGACGAUAAUCGGUUUGACCAUCGGCCUUUCCUUUACAAUCACACUUGGAAGUGGCAGUUUAAGGCGAUCGAUGACCAGCUCAGACGAAUAGGCUCUGAUGAUAAGACGCACCGGGCACAAAAUAACGAACCCAGUGUUUCAGCAAAGUCUACUCUUCCUCCUAUUCGACUUAAUACAACGAACAAAACCCAUCACGGUGUUGUGGUUUAAUAAUAAUCUUAUGUCUAUCAUACACGAUAUCUUCUGAUAUAUAAAUACGUAUAUCGGUAAGCGUACCCUUACAAAAUGUAGGAACUGAUUGGAAUGAUAUGAGUUUCCGUCCCAUGUGAAUUCUUAAGGAUACUCAUACAGACAGUUGGUUUUAGAGGCAAAAAUAAAAAAAAUAAAAUAAGUUUACCAUGAUUAUUUUCAUACCGAAAUGUAUUGAAAGUACAGAUUUUAUAAAUAAAUUAUGUAUGUUUCCUUAAUUUUAAAUACCAACACUGUGUGGACCAAAGGUUUCUAAUAUGCUUAAAUUAAGAUUUUUUUUAUUAUCUCUUUAACUUCUACAUACAGAAUGCAUAACCACGUUCGAGACAGACCUUUCAACGUGCGUAGAUUAAUAAUCACGACGUUCUGCAAUAUAUGCAUACACAUUUCUAUAAUGUGCUUACGAAUAGCUCUAUCUUCGUUCGAAUCUUUUGCAGAAAUGAUUCUAUUAAAAGUUAACGACGAUAAAUAUAAUAUUAUUAUCAUAUAUGAAACAAUACUGGAUGUAAAUUAAAUAAUAGAUUAUAUUUCAGUAAAUACGAUUAUAACUUGAGUAUUUCUAAGACUUAAAAAUGGAUUACGAAUUUUCAUCCUAUUGUACAAAAAAUAUCUGUCACAAGGUACAAUUUGUCUAUAUUAAUAUUCAGACGAAAAAAAAAUGGUUUACAAGGCGAGAGUUAUUCUUUCCAAACGUUUAACUUAGAUUAUGUAUAUACAUUUUUCGAACGCGGCUCGCCUUAACAAAACGGACUAACACGGACGAGAGACAAGAGUGAGGUUUUCACCAAUCUCUGAAUACCGAAAUCUGUGGAACAGUUUUAUUAAUUAUGUACAUUAUAAAUAUGUACAGUAACGUUGUUCCAUCGAUUCUUUCUAUCAUUAAUGUUUUUCAUUUUCUCUUUCAUGAAAUUUUUCGUCUCUGUACCCUAAAACCUUGUUUUGAUCGUUCUUUGAUCGGCUAUAGUUACUCCUAAUAUUUAUCAAAUAUAUAGGUAAUAUAAUGGAUGGACUUUAGCACCUUCUUCGAGAGUAACAUUACUUAUUCUUCGUCCGCUGUUGCAUAUUGAGUUUCUUUUUGCUUUUUCAUAUUUUCAACUACUAUCCAUAUUGCUGUAUAUAAUCAAUUGGUAAAGUACCUUAAAACAUUUGCACCUUGUUCGCCUGUGUAUAGUGUUUAGGUACUUUAACUCUAUACGGUUUACCUAUUGAUACUGUAAUUUGUGCGCGGUGUGCGUUAUGUUCACUGUUUAUACGUCUUCUCAGUGUGAUGUGUGUAUUUAACUCUAAAUCUACCACCAAAUUGCACAAAUCCCCGUUUCGACUAUGUGAUCGCGAUUAUUCUAUGCAUGUGAUGAAUUAAGAAACAAAAGUAU